AGAAAUGGCAGCCCUGAGACAGGAGCGUCGCUACGGGCUCUCCUGCGGCAAAAUCAACAAAAACACCCCCAGCAGAACUCUUUAUCACGUCAAACUCACUGACACCGCCAUCCGGACUCUCGAAGCCUUCCAGAACCUCAAGGCAUCACUAUCCAAUCAGCCAUCUAUUUGCUUCAAGGGGAGCCAGGGGUAUAUUAAGAUCCCUACUCUGACUUCGGAAUCUCCAGAUGGAUUCAGAGUCUUCUCCUUUUACCUAUCCAGCGACAGCAAAGACAAGCCUCAGUCCAGCUUCGACUGCAUCCAUCAGUAUGUUUCAGGAGAGGGCAGGGAUCAGCUGGAGGGCCAAGGCAGCAUCCAGGACAAGAUCACAGUUUGUGCCACCGAUGACUCCUACCAGGCGACGCGGGAGCGCAUGUCCCAGGUGGAGAAGGAUAUCUGGAGUCGGUCGGCCAUUGAGAUAAAACCAGGGCCAAGUAAGUGCGUGAAGGUCCAGAGGAAGCAGGGUCUGGUUUCAGGCUCGGAUAGCAGCAGCGGUGGCAGCAACAAGCACUCCCCCAGCAAUAAGAGGUGCCUGGUUCCCAGCCCCGUGGCACACAGGCCCUUAAGGGACCGCAUCAUCCAUCUCCUCGCCCUCAAACCCUAUAGGAAACCUGAGCUGCUACUGUGGUUGGAGAGGGAACGGGCUAGUCUAAAGGACAAGGCUGACCUGAUCUCAGUGCUGGAUGAGAUUGGCAAGCAGAACCUUAAAGAUCACAGCUAUUCUCUGAAGGAUGAGCUCUACAGACAUGUCCAGAGAGACUGGCCUGGUUAUGUAGAGGAGGAGAAGCAGCUCAUACACAGGCUUCUGAGCAGGAAGCUUCAGCCACUCCACACUAGUAGCCAGUUGAAAAGUCCCCAGGCCAACCAGUCAUUCCACAAAACUGCGGGGGAUUCUCCUUCCCAACUCAGCCCUGCCAAGAUGCUCUCUGUGAAACGUCCUUUGCCUUCGGAUCCUUCCAACUGCCAGACCCCUAAAAAACAAAGACUAACAGACCACUGCUUGCCUCGGCAGUCUCCAUCUCACGGAGACUACGGUGCCAACGGGACCCACCGAAGUUCCUCCAGCCACACCAACGCUGGUGCUGUGCACAUCAAAACGGAGCAAAUCAACAAUCAUCUCCAAGCACGUCCAAACGGUCUGCACUCGCCACUCAAACUGAACACAUCAUCUACAAAUACUACUACUACUACUAGUACUACUAGUAUUUCCAAAGUGGAGAGGACAGACCCAGCGUCCACUGCCCUUAGCCCCAAGUCCCCCCGCAUGGACACAUUGGUUUGCACUGACGAGCAACUGUACAACGGUCAACAUAAAAAGAAGAAGUCCAAAAAGCACAAGGAGAAGGAGCGUGAGCGCUUAAAACCAGAGUGGAUCGAGACCAGCCCAGACCUAAAGAACCAGGAAAAUCUCAAAGAGCACGUAGGAGAGAAAACACCUGCGUGUCGAACCGCAACAGAGGACCUGCCGGACUAUUUAUUAAAAUACAGCACAAUAACAGAACUGGAGCAGCGCGAGCAGUACAAGGACGACUUCUCCUCCGAGUACGACGAGUACAGAGCUCUUCACGAUCGCAUCAGGGCCAUCACCGAGAUGUUUGUUCAGUUAGGCUCAAAGAUCAACACGCUCUCACCGGGAACACAGGAGUACAAGGUACUACCUGAAUUCACCAGUCAGUUCUUGUUCCGAACACUUCUGAUAAGCACCAACACUAACUUACCUGACUUGUUUUGCAGCUCAUGGAGGAGCAAAUACUACAAAAGUACCGGAAGUAUAAGAAAAGGUUUCCUGGCUACCGGGAAGAAAAGAAGCGUUGCGAAUACCUCCAUCAGAAACUGUCACAUAUCAAAGGUCUGAUCUCCACCUAUGACCGGGCGCAGGAGCUCUCCUAGUAAAAACGACUGCUACUACCAGGGUAAACGAGAACGGACCAAAAAGACUUGCAGUGGACCAAAAGACUGUCCUACAGGGUCCUACAGUCGCUGCAACACAUUUGUGAGAUGAUGGAAUCAAGGAGCUAGGUGGUCUUUCAAAAGGUGGGGCUUAGACCACUGACUUGUAAACAAAAGUUGCUCCUACGUGAUGGUUUUAGUGCGAUAAAGGCUGCAAAUAGUCCUGCUGUGAACUGGGCAGAUGUGCAAGUGAAAGCCAAAUCUUCUCUUUUGAUCAUUCCUGCCGAAAUGCGUUUUUAUUUUAUUCUUUCUCAUUGCUUUUUCAAUGAAAAGUAUUAAAUUGAUGGUACAAUCAGUCUUAGGGAAAAACAAAUGCUACUAGUUUACGUAUGUGUCAAGCAAAGGAAUCUAUUGUUUGCUCUUUGCUAAACAACAAUGCUUAACUUAAUCAGUCACUUUAUUAAUUAACAACGAACUUAAAGCAAACACGAGCUCGCCAUUUUUUGACCUUACAUUUCACAAAGGCACCUAAAAACAAAAAACAAUGUUCCUAUCCCACGAGGAUAUCUAGAUCAGUGGCUCUCAAAAUAGUUAAGUUGGUGUAGUUGGUGUAAAAUUUUACACCAAAAUACCACAGUUCUUGCUACCUCCGCUUACCACCAUUACGGUUCAGCUUGUGGUCUGGACUCACAGGUAAUUGGAUUGUGGCGUAUGAGGAGAGAUGAACAUAAAUAUAAAAGCAAAGCAAAACUCAUGGUUAAUUCAUUGGUAUUGUACAUUUCAUGUAUAUAUUUCUAAUAUAUUUACUUUUUUUUUUUUUUUUUUAAGAAUGUGGUGUUCUUGCGUACCACUAGAUGAAGCCCGCGUACCACAGUUACCCCCGGUGAAAUAUUUUUUUCAGUACCUACUAUCCAGAGAAAGGGUAGUUAGGUUGAAAAAUAUUUGGUAAAAGACAGUGCUGUUGUUUUAGUAUGUGAUGUAUUACCGUCCUGAACAAUGCUCCUCGAUAGUGAUGUUGUUUUAAACAUCUGGAAUUAAAAAUACUUAUAAAAUCACUUCAUUGUAAAAAAAAAAAAAAGAAAAAAAAAAGAAAAAAAAUCAAUUUAAUUACAAAAAACAAUCUUUGUGCAAAGAAAGUAAUUAUAUAUACUCUUUUGGGAUUAUAAUAAAGACGUGUUCAUAAAUGCAAAUACAAAUCAAUUUCAAAACCUACCAUAAAAGUUAUGCACUGCUCAUACGUUUUUAAGGGGGUUAACUAUGGUGAAAAAGGUAUUUUGACUUUAGGACUUCGAUUAAAUUAACCAAUUAAAGGCUCACAAAGUUUUUGCAGUCCAUUUGCUGAUUAGAACAUGAAGCACUCAUUUACAAUAUUGAACUUUGUGGCAAUUUUUCACAUUUAAUGAAACUGAAUUUUUUAUUUAGAUUUUUUUUAUUCGCUACAAGCUAUAAUCACCAAAAUUAUUCAAACAAAAAUGCAAUCUUGAAAUAUGUCAGUGUGUAGUGAAUCUGUAUAAUAUAAGAGUUGGACUUUUGGAAUUGAAUGACUGAAAAAAUUAACCUAUCAAAAAUAAUUAUAGAAAUGUAUUGAGAUGUAUUGUGUGUGUGUGUGUGUGUGUGUGUAUAUUUUUUUCUUAGAAAUCUCAAGUACCCCCUGGAGUGCCUUAAAGUACAUCCAGUAAACUAGUACCCCCAUUUGAGAGCCACUGAUGUAGAUGACUCAGUCGCUGGUUUAUCAUCAGGAAUAUUUUCAUAGCUAAUGAUUUUUUUUUUAGGAAUGUUAAACAUACGCUACAUCUCUCCUGGUUUCGAGAGUGUCACCCACACGUAGCCUACCGUGAAUUGCCUUUUUAAAAUUACUUUAAUGACAAACACAUCAAUCAACUCCUGUUUCUCUUGUCUGCUGCGGACAUGUUUGUUCACCAGCACCGGUAUCAAACAGCUCCUCUUCGACACCGUACAAAGCAUACAGUGUUCAUUUCGAUCGUUUAGUUGCUAUUUUUAUAUUUGUGGGAAGUGUUAAAAGUGCUUAUUGUGACGCCUUAUUACACAAAAUUGGAACUGUGUAGGUUUUUCCAAAUUUAUUUCAGGUUUAGAGCCAAAGCAAGGCUGGGUUCAAAUCCGUUUGGUUUAAUUAGAUGUAAAGAGGAGGAUGACCUCUAGGGGGUGCCAACGAGCUGUAGUGUUAUUGAUGCACAGGUAGGAUGUCUUUAAAAAUAUGUCAGCCUGUCGUUGGGAUGAGAUUUUAGGGCUUUGGCAGAGUGAAGCCUUAAUGUGCAUGUCAGACAUUUACAAAAAUCCGGCAUCUCUGCUGAAUCCUGCCCGAGUAUUCUCAGACGUGUUGGUUUUCAUGUUUAAUUUAUUUACAGUACUGGAUUGUAGUCUUAUCUGUGCAGUUUAUUUUUUCUGUAUGUCUUAAUGUUGUCUCUUGUUGUUUUGACUUAAUAUUCUGUCGAACUUAUCGUCCAGUCCUGCCGAGACCAAUCAUUACUGCAGCAGUGUACUUUUUUUUUUUUUUUAACUCUAAUACACCA